GGCGAGCGGCAGCGGCAGCAGCGGCAGCGGCAGCAGAAAGGGCUUGGUCGGGGUGUCACCGGUUUGGACAGCACGUACACCCGCCUGGAGACGCCGCCGGAGCCCCGUAUAUGAGCCUCCUCCCCGGCUAUGCUGCCCUGAGAGCGCCGCGAGCACCGCCCCGCCAAAAUGUCUGAUGUCAACAAGACUGUCCAGAAAUGGCACGCGAGCUUCAGGAAAGGCACAGACUUUGACUCGUGGGGACAGUUAGUCGAGGCGAUAGAUGAGUACCAAAUCCUGGCCAGACAACUGCAGAAGGAGGGCCAGUCGACCAACUCGUCAGACUUCACAGAGGAGCAGAAGAAAACUUUGGGGAAGAUUGCGACAUGCCUGGAGAUGAGGAGCGCCAGUUUGCAGUGCGCUCAGUCAAAGGAAGAGUUCAAGUUAGAAGACCUGAAAAAACUGGAAACCAUCAUUAAAAAUAUUCUCACCUACAACAAGGAGUUUCCCUUCGACGUCCAGCCGGUGCCUUUGAGGAAAAUCCUGGCGCCGGGCGAGGAGGAGAACCUGGAGCUGGAGGAGGAGGACGCCGCGGCCGGACCCGGUUCAACCGAGGCGUUUCCACCUCGAGCUCCCGGUACCUUGUUGCCGCGGUUACCGUCGGAGCCUGGGAUGACACUACUCACAAUAAAGAUUGAAAAAAUCGGUUUGAAGGACGCCGGGCAGUGCAUCGAUCCCUACAUGACCAUCAGUGUCAAAGACGUGAACGGCGUGGACGUGAACCCGGUGCAGGACACCCCGGUGGCCAGCAGGAAGGAGGACACCUACAUCCACUUCAGCGUGGACGUGGAGAUCCAGAGACACGUGGAGAAGUUACCCAAAGGAGCAGCUAUCUUCUUCGAAUUCAAGCACUACAAACCCAAAAAGAGGUUCACCAGCACAAAGUGUUUCGCCUUCAUGGAAAUGGACGAGAUCAAACCCGGGCCGAUCGUCAUCGAGCUGUACAAGAAGCCCACAGACUUUAAGAGGAAGAAACUGCAGCUGCUCACAAAGAAACCGCUUUAUCUCCACCUUCAUCAGACGUUACACAAGGACAGCUAAAGACGCUCCUCCUCCAGCAUCCAGCCAGCUGCUGCUCUGCCUCAUCUCAUCCAGCAAUACUCAAUAAGACUCUUCCUUUACCAGGAGUUUAUGAAGGAAAAAACAAAACAAAAAAACCCACCAUCGGCUCAGAAAACCUGAGGAAGUGUUUUUAAUAUCCCAGCUGUAGCAUGUCGAGCUCAUCGUCAGUCUUCCUUGUGGGAAACAAAACCGAAUCACUGCAGGUGCUUCAAACUUGAGCUGAAGUCUCUUUCUCUUACUUUUAUUUUUUUUUUUCGAGAUUCGUUUGUGUCGUUCAACCUUCACAUGAAGCUUCGGCAGAACAUAUUUUGGAAGCGAAUAAUUUUACCAAACUGUUCAAAGUGAAAGAAAAACCAUUCAGACUCAAGUGCAUCUCAAAAACAUGCGCAUUUUCCCCAACAGUGAAAACAGUCUUAAACAAUCGUGAAACUUUGUUAUAAUGUUACAAGUAAAUAAGUAACUGGCGAACAAUUAACUUUUCAAUAAUAUUCCUAUUUUUGAGAUGCAUCUGUGUUGUUGGUAAAAUCUUAUUAUGUUUAUGAAUUGAUGGUUCCUGCUUUUGUGUGUUAGUUUGGAACCAUUUAGGCUUCAAUGGCAAAUUUUAUUCAGCUGUCAGUCCUCAAAAAUAUUAGAUAAAACUCCACCAAAAAUAACUACGAGAGACUGUGGAUUUCUUCAUAAUGGUUGUUCUGAAAUGGAAAUGAAAAACAUACAAAAGCAGGAGCCUUGUAAUCAAUAAUGGAAUAAUGAUCAUUUGAAAAUGUAUUUUUUUUUUUAACGCUUCUUCAAUAAUGUAACAUCUUCCUUAUUGGCUUUCUCACAUUUAAAACAACCAAAAUGAUCACGUUGCUGUCUUUAUCACAUGGAUGGUUGCUACGGGAACCAUCAAACGGAAAGCAGUGGGUGUUCUCUGUACUCUGAAACGAUUUUCUUUAACAUUUGCAGAUCUAAUUUUGACAACCUCAGAGCAGGCGGAGCAUCCCUCUUGCUCUGUGACGUCCCUCACAGGGGGCCCCGGACCCCUGGUUGUGUUUUCUUUUAUAAUGCGACUAAACUGGCCUAAAAAAAAAAAAAAAAAGGUGCUUUUCUGAAUGCAUAUUGUGUAUUAAGAUCUGUGUAGUUAUUAAAUCUGAAUUGCACCAAUGAAACAUACACUAAGAGGUAUAUCUCAGCAGUGAAACACUAGCACAGGGUCUCGCUACUGCCACCUAAUGCACAAAGGUUGCAUUGCUCAAAUAGCACCUGCUGCACCUUUAAGAACGAACUCAACCCUUUGCCGCAGGUUCCAUUAAAGGUUUUCCAAUCCUGUGUUGAAAGUCCCAGUUUGAAGCAUCUGAUCUGCAGUGAAGCACAGAACAUUUUGAGUUUCCACCCCGGCUCCUGCAGGUGCGCUUCUUCACUGUAAUAUUUCAAUUUUAGAUUUUAUUUUUGUAAUUUCACACAAAAAAAACAUGACUGUAAAUUAACUGUAAGAUACACUAACAGAUGAAUAUACAGUACCUGUGAGUGUGUGUGUGUGUGUGUGUAAGCGAGUGUGCUGCGUGUGUGAAAGGACUGACAACUGUUUUGAAAUGUAUUGAACACUUAAAAUGCUUGUAAUUUCUAAUAAACUACAAAUGAGA